AUGCACACCUUACUCAGCAUCAGAAAGUGCAUGUUAGAGGUGAUCCUUAUACAUGUAGCGAAUAGAAUCCAUACUGGAGAAAAACCCUAUAAAUGUAAUGAUUGUGGGAGAACAUUCAGAUUGCGUUCAAUCCUUAAUCAACAUCAGAAAAUUCAUACUGGAGAAAAGCCCCAUAAAUGUAAUGAAUGUGGAAAAGCCUUUAGUCGAAUUUCAUUCCUUACUGGACAUCAGAGAAUUCAUACUGGAGAGAAUCCUUAUGUCUGCAAAGACUGUGGAAAGGCCUUCAAACAGAGAUCAUCUCUUAACCAGCAUCGGAGAAUCCAUACUGGAGAGAGACCAUACAAAUGUAAUAUUUGUGGGAGAGCCUUCAUUGGCCGGACACAAUUUAAGCAGCAUUACAGAAGGCAUACUGGAGAACGACCCUAUAAAUGUAAUGAAUGUGGGAAAGCCUUUAGUGGGACUCCUUUUCUCAGAAGACAUGAGAAACUUCAUACUGGAGAGAGACCUUAUAAGUGUGAUAAAUGUGAAAAGACUUAUAGUAAAAGUGCACUACUUGCACAACAUUGGAGAGUCCAUACUGGGGAGAAACCCUAUAAAUGUAGUGACUGUGAAAAAGCUUUCAGUAAGGCUACACUCCUUAUACAACAUCAGAGGAUCCAUACUGGAGAGAAACCUUAUAAAUGUAAUGAAUGUGGAAAAGCUUUCAGCCAAAGUAUAUGUCUUACUCGACAUAAAAGAAUUCAUACUGGGGAAAAACCAUAUGAAUGCAAUGAAUGUGGGAGAGCUUUUAGACUGCGUGGACACCUUACUCAACAUCAGAGAAUUCAUACUGGAGAGAAACCAUAUAAAUGUAGUGAAUGUGAGAAAACUUUUAGUCAGAGUACAGACCGUACUCAACAUGAAAGAAUUCAUACUGGAGAAAAGCCCUAUAAAUGUAUCGAAUGUGGGAAAGCCUUUAGAUGUAGUACACAUCUAACUCAGCAUCAGAGAAUUCAUACUGGAGAGAAACCUUAUGAAUGCAGUGAAUGCAGAAAAGCAUUUUGUGAUAGGUCAUCCCUUAAUAAACACCAGAGGAUUCAUACUGGAGAGAAACCUUAUGAAUGUAGUGAAUGUGGGAAAGCCUUCAUUCGAAGUUCAGACCUUACCCAACAUUAUAGAACUCAUACUGGUGAGAAACCUUAUGAAUGUAAUGAAUGUGGAAAAGUCUUCAGCCUGCAUGUACAUCUUACUCGACAUCAAAGAAUCCAUACAGGAGAGAAACCUUACAAAUGUAUUCAAUGUGGGAAUGCCUUCAGUUGUAAUACAAUCCUUAAGAACCACCAGAGAAUCCAUACUGGUGAGAAACCCUAUAAAUGUAAUGAAUGUGGAAAAGCCUUCAGACUUCGAGGAAACCUUACUCGACAUAAUAGAGUUCAUACUGGAGAGAAGCCCUAUGAAUGUAAUGAAUGUGGGAAAACUUUCAGACUGCGUGGAAACCUUAAUCAACAUAAAAGAAUUCAUACUGGGGAGAAGCCCUAUGAAUGUAAUGAAUGUGGGAAAGCCUUCAGAUUAUAUGCACAUCUUACUCAACAUAAAAGAAUUCAUACUGGAGAGAAACCUUAUGAAUGUAAUGAAUGUGGAAAAACGUUUAGACUGCAGGGACAUCUUACUAAACAUAAGAGCAUUCAUCCUGGAAAGAAACCCUAUAAAUGUAAUGAUUGUGAUAAGACUUUCAGCAAGGGCUCACUCCUGGUGAGUCAUCAGAGAGUCCAUACUGGAGAGGAACCCCAUAAAUGUAAUGAAUGUGGGAAAGCCUUCAGUUCACGUGCAAGCCUUAUUCAACAUAAAAGAAUUCAUACUGGAGAGAAACCGUAUGAAUGUAAUGAAUGUGGAAAAGCCUUCAGCCAGAAUGUAUGCCUUACUCAGCAUAAGACAGUCCAUACAGGAGAAAAACCUUAUGAAUGUAAUCAGUGUGGGAAAGCCUUCAGUCAGAGCAGACACUUAAAUCGGCAUCAAAGAAUUCAUACAGGAGAAAAACCAUAUAAAUGUGAUGAUUGUGGGAAAUCAUUUAACUUUAGACUUCGUGUACACCUUACUAGACAUAAAAGCAUUCAUACUGGAGAAAAACCCUACAAAUGUAACGAAUGUGAGAAAACCUUUCGUCUCAGUACACACCUAACUCAGCAUAAGACCAUUCAUACUGGAGAGAAACCUUACAAAUGUAAUGAAUGUGGGAAAACCUUCAGAUUGAGUACAGACUGUACUCAACAUCAGAGAAUUCAUACUGGAGAAAGACCCUAUACAUGUAACGAAUGUGGGAAAGCCUUUUGGGAUAGAUCGUCCUUUACUAAACAUCAGAAGAUUCAUACUGGGGAAAAGCCCUAUGAAUGUAAGGAAUGCGGAAAAGCUUUCAUUCAAAGUUCAUCCUUUAUUCAACAUUGUAUUACUCAUACUGGAGAGAAACCCUAUGAAUGUAAUACUUGUGGGAAAGCCUUCAGCCUUCAUGCAAAUCUUAUUCGACAUCAGAGAAUUCAUACAGGAGAGAAACCCUAUAAGUGUGAUCAAUGUGGGAAUGUCUUCAGGCACAGUUCAACCCUGAUAAGACAUCAAAGACUUCAUAGUGUGGACUAAUCUUGGGAAUUUAGUGAGUGAAAGGAAAGCUGUUAUUAGAUGUUACUUCUUCAAGUACCCCAUUGCUAUCAUGUUACUGUCACCAGCCAUGAUUUUGUUCAGUGUGUUUUCAUAAGACAUAUGCUUCCUUUCCCUUGUAUUCCAUGUGGAAGGGGAAUUAGCUUGUUCUGUUUGGCCCCUGAGAACAGGCAGGCAUAGGAAAAGUGGGUUAUAGAAACUGAAUUUUGCUAAUAAUCUUUCUAAUAAUAAAG